CGUGUGGCAAGCUGACUGGCAUAAGUGACCCUGUGACCAUCAAGACCUCCGGCUCCAGGUUUGGUUCCUGGAUGACUGACCCCCUGGCCCCAGAAGGUGAUAACAGGGUCUGGUACAUGGAUGGCUACCACAACAACCGCUUCGUCCGCGAGUACAAAUCCAUGCUGGACUUCAUGACCACGGACAAUUUCACGUCCCACCGCCUCCCGCACCCCUGGUCCGGCACAGGGCAGGUGGUGUACAACGGCUCCAUCUACUUCAACAAGUUCCAGAGUCACAUCGUCAUCCGGUUCGACCUGAAGACGGAGACCAUCCUCAAGACGCGCAGCCUGGACUACGCGGGCUACAACAACAUGUACCACUACGCCUGGGGCGGCCACUCGGACAUCGACCUCAUGGUGGACGAGAACGGGCUGUGGGCCGUCUACGCCACCAACCAGAAUGCCGGCAACAUCGUCAUCAGCAGGCUGGACCCGGUGUCCCUGCAGGUGCUGCAGACCUGGAACACCAGCUACCCGAAGCGCAGCGCGGGCGAGGCCUUCAUCAUCUGCGGGACGCUCUACGUCACCAAUGGCUACUCGGGCGGCACCAAGGUCCACUACGCCUACCAGACCAACGCCUCCACCUACGAGUACAUCGACAUCCCCUUCCAGAACAAGUACUCGCACAUCUCCAUGCUGGACUACAACCCCAAGGACCGCGCGCUGUACGCCUGGAACAACGGCCACCAGAUCCUCUACAACGUCACCCUCUUCCACGUCAUCCGGUCUGACGAGCUGUAGUCCCCGCCCCGGCCCCCGGGGGGCCGAGGCUCCGCAUCCUCACCCGCCUGGAAACUCCUGUGGAACAGCUGCCAAGGUAACGUGGGUGAGAUGACAAGGCUCGUUUUGAAAACUCAUCAGCAGCGUGGACUCCGGCGUCUCGGGGGUGGGGAGGGGCUGGGGAGGCGUUGCCCCCACGUUUCUCCAGCUCCAGCCGGAGGGCGCCCGAUGUGGGAAGAAGCCCCCGUAUUGACGGCUGGAACCACAGCCCCAGGGCUCCCUGGUUCCCCGACCCGGUCCCCCUUUCUGGUCAAUAUACUCAAGACAUAAGGCGAUGACUGUUGGCCAGCUCUCACCGAGAACAACCUACUGUUAGGAUAGCAUGGACUUGUCCGUAGAUUGUGGUCAGCCUGAUGGACGUGAGUGUUGUGUCUCAUUGAAGCGCCCCCCCACCCCGGCCCGGGCUGUGCUCGGCGACGGAGGGGCGACAUAGGCUCGUGUAGCUGCAUCUCAUCACCACCGCCGUCCUCAGCCGUGUGUCGUGUCUUAGAUGAACUGUGCUGAGACUCCGAGAAGCCCAUGGACCCACGCCUAGUGCCCCAGAGCGGCGGCCGGCGCGCCUGGACCCCGCCGUCCGGACCCCGAACCCCGUAGCCCCAUCGUGCAGUGUCUGUUGCUCCCUUGAGGCGGUGACGUGUCUCUUUAGCUGAUGCCAUGAAUGUUGUAAAUGCAGUGCCGUAGUUUGGAUUAAUAAGUGGAUGGUUUUUUGUUUCUCAAAAGAAAAAAAAAAACACAUCAGUGUUCUCCCUAGUAGAGAUGAUCGAGGUUGGUAAUCAUUAAAGGAAAUACCCUCUUCUCGUUAAAUUAUCUUAAAUAGUGUAACCACGGAGAAGGGCUCCUCUCGGGAAACUCUGGUUUCCAAAGGGAAAGAAAUGCUCCUGUGGGCAGCAGUGUGCGGAAAGUACAUUUUUUAAGUAAAAAAGAGGGAAACUUUGUACUAUCCGAUUAAGGAACAAUAAAAAUAUUAGGAGAUG